UGGGAGAAAGAAAAGAAGGAGGAGAUCUUAUCAUCACCCUUUGUUAGUUUAAUUAUCUGUGAUUGAAAUUGGAGUGAAAGCGAAUCGGAGGCAUAAUGCCUUGUGCAAGCAUUGUCUCAGCUCCGUCGUGCGCGUUCCCCUUUGGCUCCAGGUCCGCCUCCACUGCGUCCAUCACUCCAACGGCGUUAUCGCUGCCUAAACGGAGCUGGAAGCCUGGAACGGAGAGCAGAAGCACGAGGAGAGGAGAAGUGAGAGGCACGGUGAUAGAGAAAGAGACCCCGGAGGCGGAGCGUCCGGAAACGUUUCUGAGGGGAGUGGACGAGGCCCAUUCUUCCAAUUCGGUGAGGGCCCGGUUCGAGAAGAUGAUAAGGGAGGCCCAAGACAGCGUGUGCAGUGCCCUUGAGGCCGCUGAUGGUGGGGCCAAGUUCAAGGAGGACGUUUGGUCCAGGCCCGGUGGGGGCGGUGGGAUUAGCAGGGUUCUUCAGGACGGCGCCGUUUGGGAGAAGGCUGGGGUUAAUGUCUCCGUCGUUUACGGUGUCAUGCCACCUGAGGCUUAUCGUGCUGCCAAGGGUGCUCCUACUGAUCAAAAACCUGGUCCUGUGCCGUUCUUCGCUGCUGGAAUCAGCUCCGUUUUACACCCCAAGAACCCGUUUGCCCCUACACUGCAUUUCAAUUAUCGCUAUUUUGAAACUGAUGCUCCUAAAGAUACCCCUGGAGCACCUAGACAAUGGUGGUUUGGCGGGGGAACUGACUUGACGCCAGCUUACAUUUUUGAGGAGGAUGUUAAGCACUUCCAUUCAAUUCAAAAGCGUGCCUGUGACAAGUUUGAUCCUACAUUUUACCCCCGAUUCAAGAAAUGGUGUGAUGACUACUUCUAUAUCAAGCAUCGAGGUGAAAGGAGAGGGCUUGGAGGAAUAUUUUUUGAUGAUCUGAAUGACUAUGAUCAGGAGAUGCUCCUUUCCUUUGCUACCGAGUGUGCCAAUUCUGUUAUUCCCGCUUAUUUACCUAUCAUAGAGAAAAGGAAGGAUUUGCCCUUCACUGAUCAUCAGAAAGCAUGGCAACAAUUGCGAAGGGGACGAUAUGUUGAAUUCAAUUUGGUUUAUGAUAGGGGUACAACAUUUGGACUAAAAACUGGAGGAAGAAUAGAGAGUAUUCUUGUUUCUCUCCCACUGACUGCUCGGUGGGAAUACGAUCACGUAUGAUUUUGCAAUCUCUCUC